AUUAGCAGGAAUAAAGAUCCAAAGAGUUUUUUUCUUUUCAAUCAUCAGAUCUCACUUUCACCUCUUCCUCUCUCCCUCUAACACGAGACUCAUCGUCCGCUUUGCAUCCAAAUUAUUUUUAUAUUGCCUUUACAACUAAUACUUCGGCUUUUCCCCUCUCUCUGCUCGCCCGCAACAACAAUGAUCUUUCUUUUAGCAUCCUAAACGCAAACUGACCAAAAACGGACUGCCUUGAUGGGAUCUUUAGCCAAACCGACUCAAUACUGGAUUAAAAAGCGAGGAUCUCAAAGCGGCAGCAAAAAAAUUGCCUGGAUGCGAUGAACGCCUCAUGUAGGCAUCAGCAUGGAAAGCUGUGAGUCUCCCGUGAUUUCUGGGACAAACGAUGGGCUCAGCUCCUCAACAGCCUCCCAGCAACAGCCUCAGCAGCAUCCUUCUCAACCCUGGAACGAUCAUCCUAGUGCACAGGUCACUCCCAGCAACCAGCCACCUUCUUUGGAGCCCAUUUCCCUCUCGGCCCAGCUCCAAAACCCUAACAAAUAUUGCGAGGCUGUAAAAGAACAGAAACGACAGCAAACACGGACUCCACCCCAGACUUCCAACGACAGCUCGGCCGGCAGCCAACUGCACCCCAGACGAGAGGGUUUGUUAGAAGAAGGGGAGGAAGGGAGUUGUGGAGAGGAGGACGAAGAUUUUGAGGACUUGGACGAGAUGGAGAUUGACAACUGUUUUCCAAAUCUUCAGCCCUUUCCAGGCAUGUCCAUAGGUCCUGUUGGAGGGGCUAUGCCAACGCUGAUUCGGCAGCAACCCACGCGGCGGAGAGACGCUAUGGAAAGUGGAAGUGAAGAAGGUGAGGAUGACGACGAAGAUACCAGCGAUGUCGAGAACCUAGCUGGGGAAAUCGUCUACCAGCCUGAUGGCUCAGCCUACAUUGUGGAGAAUCUGAGCCAGCUGAUCCAAAGUGAAGGGAGCUUGUCAUCUGGCCUGCUUUCUUCAAAUUUUCUUCCUGGUGGUGGUAAGCCAGGGGAAACUGCCGGAACAUCAUCAUCAGUAUACCCUCAGAUCAUCAACACUUUCCACAUAGCCUCAUCUUUUGGGAAGUGGUUUGGCUCCUCAGACCAAUCUUUUCCCAAUACCUUAACCCCAGCAGGCCACAGCCCCUUACUGCACAGUUUCCGUGUUUUUGAUGUGCGGCACAAAAGCAACAAGGAUUACCUUAAUAGUGACGGGUCUGCCAAGAAGUCCUGUGUAUCCAAAGAUGUUCCCAACAAUGUGGAUUUUUCCAAAUUUGACGGGCUGGCUCUUUAUGGCAAGGGCAAGCCCAUCCUUAUGUGCUUUCUCUGCAAGCUGUCCUUUGGUUAUGCUCGAUCCUUUGCCACUCAUGCUGUCCAUGACCAUCGCAUGACUCUGUGUGAGGAUGAGCGUCAAAUUUUGGGCCACAAGCAUGCAUCUGCCAUUAUCCAGGGCAUUGGUAAAGACAAAGAGCCCCUUAUUAGUUUCCUGGAACCAAAAAACAAAAGUUCUCCUUCACCACCCAACUUAGUGCCCAUUAAUUCAGGCCAAAGCUUCUAUGGCACAUUUAGUGGGGUCCAUUUAGAGGCAGGGAGCAAUAGUGACGGAGGCGAUGGUCUCCUCAGCAAAGACUCUGAUUCGGGUCUCCUAAACUUGGGAGGUCUUGGCAGUCCAAAGCCACCCUCUCUUUCCCUAAUCCCAGGCGCUGCCAAAGACUCUAGUCCUCUACCUAAGGUUCAGGAAAGGAGAACAGAUGGGCCUGUGGGAAAUGAGGGGACUCUAAGACGGCAGGAGCAGGACAUGGAUACCUGUAAAAGCCAGACUUUACUUCUUGGAGAGGAGGUGGCCUCAGAGGAUGAGGAAGAACUUCUUCUAGAAGAAGAGGAUGAUGAGGUGGAAGACGAAGGUAUUGCAGUGACCUGUGGUGGCAGAAGCAGCAGUGGUGGACAAGUCGGGGAACCAUUUGUCUCUAACCAAAGUAUAUCCAAAUCCCCUUUAUUAAUGCCUAGUAGCGCUCUUCAGCCUUCUGCAUUUUCAUCUGCAGCCAGCCCCAUGCCCAACAGCAAAGCCUCAGCUUCCAUGCGCUCUUCUUCUGUCAGGGGAUCAGAAGAAAGAGCAGCUGCUGACGGUGGGGGGAAGUCUUUAGAGCAUCCUCUGAGCUUUAACUGCCAGGGGCUCACUGUCCCUAAGGCAAUGGCGGCAGCCACAAGAAGAGAGGGUGAGGAAGACGGAGCCACAUGCUCCACAGUUGGGACUUCCUCUCCUCUUACCUCUAACACUGCCGCUGAUGAAAGUGCCAAUCGAGAUAGUGCCACAGCUCCUGAACCAAAUGAAUGCCCAUCAGAGGGAGAUGAUGACAGUGCUGCCCACCUGCACCACCUCCACCAUCAUCAUCAUCAUCACCUACACCCUUCACCACACUCCCACUCUAACUCUCAGCAUCCCGGGUCCUGCGACAUGACUGGGGUAGGGGAGUGUGCCCAGAACCAUGGAACUGGGGCAAGUGGAGGAAAUGGGGUUGAGUGCCCAAAAUGUGACACUGUCCUGGGCUCAUCACGCUCACUGGGUGGCCACAUGACGAUGAUGCACUCACGUAACUCUUGCAAGACACUGAAGUGUCCUAAAUGCAACUGGCAUUACAAGUACCAGCAGACCCUAGAGGCCCACAUGAAGGAGAAACACCCGGACUCUGGAAACUCCUGUGUGUACUGCAGCAACGGGCAGAGUCACCCGCGGCUGGCUCGUGGUGAGAGUUAUACCUGCGGCUACAAGCCCUUCCGAUGCGAGGUCUGUAACUAUUCUACCACAACAAAGGGCAAUCUGAGCAUCCACAUGCAGUCUGACAAGCACCUCAACAACAUGCAGACCCUGCAAAAUGGUGGCUCCAUCCCCACAGCUGGUGAACAAGUGUUUGGGCAUACACCUGGUGGUGUUGUGACUGUCCCUUCAGCCCCUCAGACCAGCAGCCACCACCCUAGCCACCACCACCACCACCACCCAGUCCAGUCCUCCACCCAUAUAGCUGGGCCCUGUGGUGCACCUUCGCCCACCAAGCCCAAAAGCAAGCCCACCUGGCGCUGUGAGGUCUGCGACUAUGAGACUAACGUGGCCCGCAAUCUGCGCAUUCACAUGACCAGUGAAAAGCACAUGCACAACAUGAUGCUGCUCCAGCAGAAUGUGACACAAAUGCAGCAUGGUCGCAUGAGUCUGGGGGCCAUGCACUCGCCCUCUGAGGCAGAGCUUUACCAGUAUUACCUGACACAAAACAUGAGCCUGCCCCCAGGCUUGAAGAUGGAUCCUACUGGAGCAGAUGCUCAAUUCCUGCUUGGUGGAUUCCACCUGGAUCCUAAUAUGGCCUCCUUGGCCCCAGCACUGGUAGGAGGGGACAUCCCUAUGGACGUCCGGCUCGGCGGAGGGCAGCUGGUGUCUGAGGAGCUGAUGACUCUGGGCGAGAGUCUGUCACAGACCACUGACCCGUCGCUGAAACUCUUUCAGUGUGCCGUGUGCAACCGCUUCACCACCGAUAACCUGGACAUGCUGGGCCUGCACAUGGGCACGGAGCGCGCGCUGCCCGAGGACGAGUGGAAAGCGGUGGUUGGCGACUCUCACCAGUGCAAGCUGUGUCGUUACACCACGCAACUGAAGGCCAAUUUUCAGCUGCAUUGCAAGACUGACAAACACGUGCAGAAAUACCAGCUGGUGGCCCACAUUAAGGAGGGAGGCAAAAGCAACGAGUGGCGCCUUAAAUGCGUGGCCAUUGGCAACCCUGUGCACCUCAAGUGCAAUGCCUGCGAUUACUACACCAACAGCCUAGAGAAGCUGCGCAUGCAUACUGUAAAUUCACGUCAUGAGGCCAGCCUGAAGCUGUACAAGCAUUUGCAGCAGCAUGAAAGUGCAGUGGAGGGUGAGGCGUGCUACUAUCACUGUGUAUUAUGUAACUACUCCACAAAGGCCAAGCUGAACCUCAUCCAGCACGUGCGCUCCAUGAAGCACCAGCGCAGCGAGAGCCUGCGUAAGCUGCAACGUCUGCAGAAAGGCCUGCCUGAAGAGGAGGAGGACCUGAGUGCUAUCUUCACCAUUCGCAAGUGUCCCUCUGCAGACAUAGGAGAGCUGAGUGAGGAUGUGGAGGCUGCCAGUGAGACCAUCACAGACCAGGAGGACCAAACCAAAGACAGAGAGAGUGGGGGGGAGAAGGAGCUCACCACAGGGACAGCAGCAGGAUCCAGCCUGUCAGAGAGAAAUCAGGCUGAUUCGCCGAUACCCUCAAAACGGCCCCCCUCAGGGUCCGGGGCUUCGGAGAGCCCCCUCUCUUCCAAGAGGCCCAGGACGUCGGAGAAGAGCACUGAAGAACAGAUGUACCAGUGCCCCUACUGUAAGUUCACAAAUACGGAUCUGAACCGACUGAGGAUGCACGUGAUGACGCAGCAUUCGGUGCAGCCCAUGCUGCGAUGCCCGCUGUGCCAGGACACGCUUAACAACAAGGUCCACCUGCAGUUCCACCUCACGCACCUCCACAGCGUCGCCCCGGAUUGCGUCGAUAAGCUAAUAGCCACGGUGGCAUCAUCAGAGGUACUGCCAGCAAGCAUGUUCAUACCAAUCCCUGGACCAGAGAAAGAGACUCAAAAUACACCCCAGUCCUUGUCUAACUCAACAUCUGAAGAGUCAAAGAAGCAAACAGAUUCUACAGAUGUUGAGAACGAUAAAGGAAUUCCUCCGGUCUCAGACGUUGCUGAAUCCCGCAAGUCACCUCUUGAAGACCAGCAUCCUGUAAAAGAAGACCCGACCGGUUUUCUAUGCUGGAAGAAAGGCUGUAAUCAAGUAUUUAAAUCAUCCAGUGCUCUACAGAUGCACUUCAACGAGGUCCACAACAAAAGGCCACAGCUGCCUGUCUCGGAUCGUCACGUUUACAAGUACCGUUGCAACCAGUGUAGCCUGGCAUUCAAGACCAUUGAGAAGCUGCAGUUGCAUUCCCAGUACCAUGUUAUUAGAGCUGCUACCAUGUGUUGUCUAUGCCAGAGGAGUUUUAGGACCCUGCAGGCUUUAAAGAAACACCUGGAGACCAGUCACCUUGAACUGAGUGAAUCUGAUAUUCAGCAACUCUAUGGAGGCCUCCUAAUGAAUGGAGACUUAAUGGUUAUUGGAGACCCCUCACUUGGAGAGGACCAAGGGGGUCUCAUUGACGAUGAGAAAGAUGGAGAGGAGAGUGAUCCUGAGGAAAAACAGAGUCCAACAGGCAGCGACUCAGGGUCAUUACAAGACGAUUCUGGAUCAGAGCCCAAGAGAGCUCUGCCAUUUAGAAAAGGUCCCAAUUUCACCAUGGAGAAAUUCCUAGACCCUUCUCGUCCGUUCAAGUGUACGGUCUGCAAAGAGUCUUUUACCCAGAAGAAUAUUUUACUCGUACAUUAUAACUCUGUGUCACACUUGCAUAAGGUCAAACGGGCUCUGCAAGAAUCCACCACAGGUCAACCAGAAACGACCAGCAGCCCUGAUAAUAAGCCCUUCAAGUGCAGCACUUGCAAUGUUGCGUAUAGUCAGAGCUCUACACUGGAAAUUCAUAUGCGCUCUGUCCUGCACCAGACCAAAGCCAGAGCAGCCAAGCUUGAAGCAGCUGGUGGCAGCUCCAGCUCUGCCAGCAGUGGUGGUGUAAGUGGAGCCACCUCAAACAGCACUUCUACCCCCAGCCCUAUCCCAUCGACAAACUCAACAAGCAGCUCAAGCCUCAACAGUAGCUCUCCAGCAGGGGUUCAGACAACAGCACAGAGCAUCCUGGGAGGUAACCACCCAAAUCAGUCACAUAGCCUAGAGAGCACUUCAAAUUCAACCACUUAUCCUUCUCCUUCUGAAAACCAAGAUGUAAAGAAAAGAAAAUUUGUUGAUAUGUUGUCCUCAAGAGGUCACCAGCAGCUCCAGCAGCAGCAGUUAGCCCAGGCUCAAGCACAAGCUCAGGCCCAGCUCCAGCAAGAACUCCAGCAGCAAGCCGCCCUCAUUCAGUCCCAGCUCUUCAACCCUCUACUCCAGCACUUCCCAAUGACAGCAGAUGCCAUUCUGCCCCUUCAACAGCAGCAGCUGCUAUUUCCUUUCUAUAUUCCUGGAGCAGAGUUUCAGUUGAAUCCAGAAAUGAACCUAAACAGUUCUGUACUGAACCUGAGUGGAUCUGUCGCUUCUUUGUUGGAGGAACAAAAGAACCAGGCCCAGCAGAGCUGUCUACAACAGCAGCUGAUGCACCAUCACCUUCAGCAACAGCACCAGGCGCAUACCCACUCCCAGGCAUCAAGCCAAAUGGCUUUACUUCAGCAAAGUGCAUCUCUUUCUCACCCAGUGGAAAAAAAGCCAAAGCAGAUUGUUUCUCAUAGUGAGAAAGACAGAGAGCUGCCAAAGGAAAAAGAAAUGAAUGAAAAAAGUGAAGAUCAUACUUCAAAGGAUCUUUCAGAUAAGUCCAAAGAGAAGAAGGAUGUUUCACAGGCUAUAACCAAUUUAAACCAAGACAAUGGAUUCCUUCCACCAAGAAUUGCAUCAGAUGCCCGUGGAAAUGCCACCAAAGUGCUGCUGGAGAAUUUUGGAUUUGAAUUGGUUAUUCAGUACAAUGAGAACAAACAAAAAGCCCAAAAAAAGCCCACAGGAUCUGGAUCAACUGCACCAGGAGGCAUCACAAAAGUGGUGGACCCUGUUGAGGGACUGGAAAAACUGGAAUGCGAGGCCUGUGGAAAGCUCUUCUCCAACAUACUAAUUUUGAAGAGUCACCAGGAACACAUCCAUCAGGCCUUUUUCCCCUUCAGAUCGCUAGAAAGGUUUGCUAAAGAGUACAGGGAACAGUAUGACAAGCUAUACCCGCUUAGACCGCAAACCCCUGAAGCUGCUCCUGCUCCACCACCCCCUCCUCCACCACCUCCACCACCACCGGUUCCACAAAGGGCACCAACACCAAAUAUACCAGUUUCUGCCCCUGCGCUUACUCCACCAGCUGCUUCAACCCCACAGCCCCCAGCUCCACUACCUCAAAUUACAAUGCCAAUGGACCUCUCUCUGUUCUCUCCGCUGAUGAUGCAGCCCAUGUCACUACAGUCGUUACCCUCACAAAUUCCCGCUCAGUUACAAGCUGUUGAACCUGGUCUGGCUUCAGAUCUUGCACAGCUGUAUCAGCAGCAGCUCACACCUGCUAUGCUGCAGCAGAAUAAAAGACCCCGCACCCGUAUUACAGAUGACCAAUUAAGGGUGCUAAGGCAGUACUUUGACAUAAAUAACUCACCAAAUGAGGAACAAAUAAAGGAAAUGGCCGACAAAUCGGGACUUCCACAGAAAGUCAUCAAGCACUGGUUCCGUAAUACUCUAUUCAAAGAGAGACAAAGAAACAAAGACUCCCCUUAUAACUUCAACAAUCCACCCAUUACCACUCUAGAGGAUAUCAAAAUUGAUUCUAAACCACCUUCACCUGAACCUCAGAGGUCAGAAUCUUAUGGAAGCAAAAGGUCCUCAAGGACACGUUUUACUGACUACCAGCUCAGAGUACUGCAAGACUUUUUUGACGCUAAUGCCUACCCUAAAGAUGAUGAAUUUGAGCAGCUGUCUAACCUUCUAAGCUUACCAACUCGGGUCAUUGUUGUAUGGUUCCAAAAUGCAAGACAGAAAGCUCGUAAAAAUUAUGAAAACCAAGGAGAAGGAGCGAAAGAAGGCGAGCGGCGGGAGCUGUCCAACGAUCGUUAUAUUCGCACUACCAACCUAAACUAUCAGUGCAAGAAAUGCAGCCUGGUCUUCCAGCGCAUAUUUGACCUCAUCAAACAUCAAAAGAAGCUGUGCUACAAAGAUGAGGAUGAGGAAGGACAAUAUGACAGUCAAAACGAGGACUCUGUUGAUCUCUCACAUGAAUACUAUACAUCUUCUGGGUCAUCGGGCCACACACCAAAUCCAUCAUCUUCAAGCCUAUGCCCUCUUCCACCUUCAUCCUCGGCGUUCUCUCAAAUUACAUUAUCAGAAAAGAUUGAAGCUGCAUCCGCUAACACUUCAAACCCUUUCGAUGAUAAAUUUAAAAGCACUGCAGAGUUAUCACUGAGUCAGUCGUCUAUGAAGCAGGAAAACAGCCAGAGUCCUGAGAUGCUACAACAGAAACCAUCAAGAGAUGAAAAGGUUCACGUACCCUCAAAGAACACAAAGCUUUCUUCCCCUUCCCUUUCCCAACAGCAACAUAGUGAAGCUUCAGCGUCAGCCUCUCACACCAACCAAAACCCCUCUCAAAGUUCCCUCAUGUCUCUUAAUCCCCAUUUAGCCUCACAGCAGCAGCUGGCCCAGCAAAUUAUUCCCUACCAGUGUGAGCAAUGUAAGCUUGCCUUUCCCUCCUUUGAACACUGGCAAGAACACCAGCAGCUUCAUUUCUUGAGUGUUCAGAACCAAUUUAUUCAUCCCCAGUUCUUGGAUCGCCCAAUGGACAUGCCCUUCAUGUUAUUUGACCCCAGCAAUCCUUUGCUGGCUAGUCAGCUUCUUGCUGGAGCACUUCCACAGAUUCCAGGCAACUCUGCCACUUCCCCGUCUACACCCACGUCCACGAUGAACUCCCUGAAAAGGAAGCUGGAGGAGAAAGCAGGGACAAGUCCAGGGGAAAAUGAUAGUACCAAUAGUGGAGAAGAACCACAUAGAGACAAACGCCUUCGAACCACUAUUACACCUGAGCAGCUUGAGAUCCUGUAUCAAAAAUAUUUACUGGACUCGAAUCCCACUCGAAAGAUGCUUGACCAUAUUGCUCAUGAGGUGGGGCUCAAAAAACGAGUGGUCCAAGUAUGGUUCCAAAACACCAGAGCUAGGGAAAGAAAAGGGCAAUUUCGUGCUGUUGGGCCAGCUCAGGCCCAUCGUCGUUGCCCCUUCUGUCGAGCACUUUUUAAAGCUAAAACCGCCCUGGAAGCCCACAUCCGUUCACGUCAUUGGCAUGAGGCAAAGCGUGCUGGGUACAACUUGACACUUACUGGUUUGCUGUCUGAACAAGAUGGCAUACACUUUAAGAUAGAUCCUCAAGAUCUUAUGAACUUCUCUCAUAUGGGUUCUUCUAUCAGUGAUGCCCAUUGCUCAUCUUUGUCACCUAUGAGUAAAAACAUGGACUUGUCUCCCAGGGCACUUUUAAGUCCAACAUCAAUCAAGGUCGAAGGAAUGGAGGAGUUUGAAAGCCCAACUAUGUCAUCAGUAAACAUGAGUUUUGAUCCGACCAAACUUGAUAAUGAUGAUUGUUCCUCUGUUAACACUGCAAUUACUGAUACCACCACAGGCGAUGAGGCAAACGCAGAAAAUGACAACACAGAUGUGAAGCACAGCCAAAACUGUGCAGAUUUCUUGUCCAAGGCUGCUGGAACGAUCCCAUCUCUUGAGAAUGAUGACCAGAUGUCAUCUGGACUAGUAAGCCCUGCAACAAGCUAUUAUACGAAAGACUUUGAAAAUGAACAUAUAUUGGAUUACAGUGAAACAUCCAGUCUAGCAGAUCCUUGUUCACCAAGCCCUGGGGCAUCUGGUAGUAAAAGUAUCGAUAGUGGAGACAGGCCUGGUCAAAAGCGCUUCCGAACUCAGAUGACUAACCUUCAGCUGAAAGUGCUAAAAUCCUGCUUCAUUGAUUAUAGGACCCCUACAAUGUUGGAGUGUGAGGUACUUGGCAAUGAUAUUGGACUUCCAAAAAGAGUUGUGCAAGUGUGGUUCCAGAAUGCCCGUGCUAAAGAAAAGAAGGCUAAACUCAGUAUGGCUAAGCACUUCGGAAUCAACCAAACAUCCUACGAGGGACCGAAGACAGAGUGCACCUUGUGUGGUGUCAAAUACAGUACACGCAUCUCAGUGAGGGACCACAUCUUCUCUCAGCAACACAUCUGCAAGGUGAAGGAAACCAUUGGGAACCAACUCGACAAAGAAAAAGAGUACUUUGACCCGGCCACUGUUCGUCAGCUGAUGGCCCAGCAAGAGAUGGAUCGCAUAAAGAAAGCCAAUGAGGUCCUUGGGCUAGCACAACAACAAGUCAUGCAACAACAAGGGAUGUUUGACGGUCCUGCCCUGCAAGCUUUGAAUCUACAGUCGGCUUAUCCAAAUCUGCAAGGGAUGUCUCCAGUUCUCCUGCCAGGGGUUGGAAGCUCUUCUAUUCCAGGCUUUAAUUCAUCCAACACAGCUUUAACCCCUCCAAAACCUCCAAACAUCCUAAACAUGCCUGGUGCCAGUGUACCUUCACCCAGUCUCCCAACGUCUGGUUUACCCAACAAGAUUUCCUCUUCUUCCUCUAUGGCCUCACCCAAUCCCGCCCAGGCCAGCACUUCUGUUGCCCAUUCAAGUACCACUACCACAUCCUCAUCAAACUCCCUGACCACUAAACUAGGAACUCGGGCUGAUCCUCUUCAGCGUGAAGCUGAAAAAGCCAGGGUGAAAGAAAAGCCUAAAGAAAAGGUUGAAAAGUCCCCUACACCAUCCUCAACUGGGGGCACCCCGGCUCCCUCCACUUCUGCUGCCAGUGCCAAGAAAGAAAAAAACGACCCAGCUGUUCCUGCAACUUCGAUGCCAACCCCUGGCAUGGAAUAUGUGAUUGAUCCUGCUCAGCUCCAAGCUUUGCAGGCAGCUUUAGCAUCAGAUCCAACAGCUCUGCUUACCAGCCAGUUUCUGCCCUAUUUCAUGCCAGGUUUUUCUCCAUAUUAUGCCCCUCAGAUUCCAGGUGCUCUUCAAGGUGGAUACCUUCAGCCAAUGUAUGGUAUGGAAAGUCUUUUCCCCUAUAACCCAGCGUUAUCACAAGCUUUAAUGGGACUGUCACCAGGGUCCUUGCUCCAGCAUUACCAGCAAUAUCAGCAGAGCCUACAGGAAGCACUGCAGCAGCAGCAGCGGCAGCUGCAGCAGAUCCAGCAACCCAAAGCAAGCAAGACUUCAGUCCCUACCAAGCCCUCUGUGGACCGUAAACAUUCUGCCAAAGAUUCAGUAAAAGCAGAGGAGAAAAAAGGCUCUCUCCCAGUCGAUACAUCUUCUCAUAACAAUUUAGCCCCUGAGCAGCAUGAAGUGGAUGGUAAAGGUGCAGACACCCUCCUUGACAAAUACAUAGUUCCCAAAGUUCAGUAUCGGUUGGCGUGCCGAAAAUGUCAAGCUGUUUUUAGCAAGGAGGAUGCAGCUGUUAGCCACCUAAAGUCAGUGUGCUUUUUUGGUCAGUCUGUGGCAAACCUGCAAGAGAUGUUGCUUCGGGUCCCCAGUAGUGGCAGUUCAGCUGAGGGUGGCCUCUAUGACUGCCUGGUUUGUAAUGUUACUCUGGAUGGGGAAAAAGCACUUAGUCAACACCUGGAUUCAUCCUUGCACAAACACAGAACAAUCACGAGAUCAGCCAGAAAUGCCAAAGAGCAAGCUACUAGUUUAUUACCUCACUCUUCAACCUGCUUCCCAGAUCCUAACACCGCAUCUACCUCGCAGUCCGUCACUCAUCCCAACAACACCCCAUCGACUUUGCCAACCACCAUGCCAUCGUCAUCUGUGUCUGCAUCAUCGAGUUCCUCCACUGCUACCCCACUUAACACAUCAGCUGCCAGCGAGCCCUGGUCCCAGGCCCCCUUCUCUAAAACUUUAGCUGGAAAGCCCAAUGCCACUGCAUCCACAUCAUCCUCUUUUCCUUCAGUAUCUUCACCGUCAACGGUUACCUCAAGUUCAUUGAGCACCUCAGGGGUUCAGACCUCGAUACCAACAGACGUCUUUACCGAUGAGUCUGACUCUGACAGCAGUCAGAAAUCUGCAGACAGGUUGGGCAGGUUAGCGGAAGAGCCACAACAGCCCAGCUGUCUCAAAAACAGUGAUAGUUGUAGUAGUAAUAUGGCUAGUGUAGGAACAGACUCCAUCAGAUUGUGAAACAGCUUUCAGUGAUAUUUAAUUAACAAAAAGGAAAAAAAAAAUAA